AUGGCAAACUACGCCUUCACGACUUUCGACGAUGAGGUGAUCCGGGAGAGGAUGAUGGUUGUGGAUGUGAGCUCAGAAGCACGAAUGUUGAGAGGUUACGAGGAAGGGGACCGGAGGAGGGAGCUCGUUACUAGAGACUUGCUCGGCGGCAACGGAGCAGUGCUUGGAUCCACUGUGGUGGAUCUCGAGCUCAAAGUUCCAACCGGUUGGGAAAGGCGGCUCGAUCUAUCAUCGGGAAGAACGUACCUCCUGAAGCGCAACCCUGAUCCGGCACCCCGGCGAUACCACGAACUCAACCUCCUCAAGCUCCCUCCGCCAUCCUCCGCCGCACACUUCCCGGAAAUGGAGGCAGCCACGCCGCCCUCGAGGAACCAGAGCGUGUGCACCCUCGAGCAGGUGAAGUACGCUCUCGAGCGCGCCGGGUGCGAGGAGCGGUCCCCCGCUGCCCGCCGCCCCCGUGGCUCCCCAGCGCCUCACUCCUCGUCGAUCACCACCUCCUCCUCGAACAAACGGACGAUGAUGGCCGAACGGGAAGAGGGCGCGUCGCCGCCCGGGUCGAUGGCGGUCGCCGGGUGCCCCGAAUGCCUUCUCUACGUGCUCGUCUCGGUGGUGGCUCCGCGUUGUCCGAGGUGUGCCGCGCACGUGCCGGUCCACAGCGAACCCAUAAAGAGACCCAAGUUUGACCUCAACACCAUAACGCAAAACAAUGACGAGGAUGUUGACUUGAAUUAA